AGACUGACGCCGCGCUUUAUUUGGUUGCCAACAGGCGGCCCACUUUAAAAGCGCGAGGUUCCCCCUGAUCUCCAGGACAACCGGUAAACGCUGGCGGAAUUUCUCGCCUUCACCAGUGGCACCAGCGCGUACACAGGAUCACUGGUCCUGCUCACGAUCUGUCCCUGGAAAGCACUUUUCAUCCUCCCUAAAAGCUUCACAUAGACUUUUCCUGCUUCCGUUUACACGACGUCACAGUUGUAGUCGUGACAUGACGCGCAAAGGACCAUCUUCUGGAUGAGUGUAGAUGGAGCAGCAGAGGGUGAAGUCUAACAUUUCAGAUUUUCUGCGAUGAAACAUCUUGAUCCGCGUUAAAGGAGCUCACACUGAUCAGAGAUGUUUACCUCAGCUCCUCUAAACGACUCUUCUGUUUCCACCACUACUUCCCAGGCUAUUUCCCAGGAUCAGCUCCCAACUAUUAUGAUUGCAUUAUCUUGUCUGGCGGUUUUUGUCAUGAUUGUUCUGCUGGGGUCUCUCAUCUAUCGUAAGGACCCUUCCUGCUGUAAAUCCCAGGCUUAUCGUGACUCACAUGCUGACUUGGAGCCUUCCUCUCAACACUACAGUAGCAGGCAGACUUUGGUGAGCUCACCUUGCACUGAUUUACCCCAAAACUUUGACAGCUUCGAUAACUUCAACCCGGAGCCAGGGCAGCUGUUCUACGUGGGCUUGUCCAGCACAUACUGUCUUCCACCUAUGGACCAGUCCCUUCCUCAUCUGCCCUCCUACGAGAGCGUGCGUAAAAAAGACAGACAGCGGCAGAUACACAUGAUGAUUGCAGACCGCUUUGGUCUGAAUGGACCUGCGACAGCAGCGACAGAGAAUCCACCCACGUAUGAGGAAAGCGUUCGGCAAUCUCUUCAGUCACUUCAGAACUCAGACCCUAACCCUAACCCUAUCCCUAUCCCGAUGCCUAUUCCUAUCCACAUCCCUAACCCUAACCUUAACACCAACCAUAAUGCUAUACCACCAACAAUGAGACCACAAGUUGUUCUCGCUCAGCCUGUGAAUGCCUUGCCUCAAUACGAGGAAUUAACUCACAGUACUACCUCACCAGAGAGUAAUAAUGACCCUCAUUCUGGGGAUUCAGAUUAAUGAAGGAGACUUAUUCUGCUGUAGCCCCUUCAUUGAUGCUGAUGGACAAUAGAAAAACUGUAGAUGUUGAUCUAGGAAACAAAUUCCAAGUGAAAUAUAGCAAUAUUUGUUUAACCCGGUGCAACUCAGAGGCCAAAAAGGUGAAAAAGAAGAAGAAGAGGAAGAAGAUUGUACCUUUACACAAACACUGCAACAUAAACACAGAGCCACGAGGAAAAUUCUACCAGUAUUCAGCCGGAGCUUUGUUUAUCAGUGACUCCUGACAUGAUGUCAUGAAAAAAAGAGGAUUUGACUGCAGCUUCUUGCAAGGUUAAGAAUAAUGAAACAGAAGGACAAAAUACGAAGGACAACCAUGUAUCAGCCUUAAUAAAUGUGACUAAGCUUUCUCAGGUAACUUUUAGAUAGUGAUUUGUUAGGGAGAGUGAUCAGUGAUUGAUACUGUUUCUUUUUCAUUGUUUCUUUGUAUAUUGUCUAUAUAUUAUUUUUUGUUUUUUGUUUUUUACAACCCCUGAUGACGUUAGUACGAGUUGCACGUGCACUAAUGGUGUGGUGUACUCUUAAAUAAAACCUACAUACAUAUUUUCAGGGUAAAUUUCCAAAACUGGUUAAAUACAACAAGAUGUGCUGAUCUGUUAUUUUUCUAGCUGGGUUUUACACAGCAUGACUGAAAUCAUGUACAAUUAUUAUUAUAUCUAUGAAUGUUUUCUUUUUGAGAACACGUCAAACACGUUAUAGGGUUUGCAUAGCUUUGGAACAGAAGUAAUAAUAUGCAGAUCCAGAUUACAUACAUCUCCGUUGGCACUGCAGUUAAAGAGUAAGCUUGUCUGGGGAAAUUGUCAUUAAAUGUAAAUCUGUUUAGGAAUUUCUAUACAAUUGCUAAAUCAAUCAAUAAAUCAAUCAGCAGAUUCAAUUAAUGUGAAGACCUUGUUGAACCAGUAUCUGUGAGUUAUUUCACAGUUAGUUAGUUAUUCUAACUUUUUCUUCUCUGACUGAGACAGCAAC